UUCUCUCCAUGCCAUGACUAGAGGAACACAGACCUGAGAGGAUUUGAACCAUCUACACCCAAUCUAUGUGGGACCAAUGGAGAAGGACCAGCCCCAAACAAUUAAUGAACACACCAAAAAUGAGCCUCAGCAGAAUGAGGAGCUGAUCUUGAAAUCUUUACUGCCAGCACCAUCACCGAACUUAGAGAAGGCAGAGGCUAAACAAGAGAAUAUAGCUGCAACAAAGGGAGUAGAUGAUGCUAAUAAGAGACUCAGAGCAAUCCCAAGAACCCAAAACAGGCUUCCCGUCAGUAAUCCAGAAGUAGUAAAGGUCCAGGCCUGGUGGCGGGGCACCCUGGUGUGCAGCACACUGCUGCACGUGGCUCUCAGAGUGUGGAUCAUUCAGGGCUGGUGGAGGCAUAAGCUGGUGAAGUUGCAUGAGAACAGGCAGCGGACAGCUCUGGAGAACUUUACACGGAAGGAGUCAGUCAGGCUGCAGUCCUGGGUCCGCAUGUGGCGCAUCUGUUGGCGCUACUGCCAUUUGCUCAACGCUGCCCACAUCAUCCAGGCCUACUGGAGAUGCCACUCCUGCGCUUCCCAGGAUUUCAUCAACGGCCACUACAGAGUCACGGCCAACCAGCUGCAUCUCGAACUCGAGAUCUUGCUGGGCUCAGGGCCUUGCACUGUGACGGAGUGUAUUCCCCUUCCAAUAAAGCAGUGAAGUGGUC